AUGAAACCUCUGUACCUGCGGAGCAGCGGGAGCUUCAAGCGGCUCCUCCUCCUCCUCUCCAUCGGCCACCGGUCGCCGACCACUAAGCCGGUGGACGCCGAAGCCGACACCAACGACGCCACCAAGGAAUCCCCGGAGGAACCUGGGUCGUCCCCGCAGCGCAGCAGCAGGCCGGCGUGGCGCUGCUUCUCGUACGAGGAGGUCCACCUUGCCACGGACGGCUUCCACGCGCGCAACCUGGUGGGCCGGGGCGGGUCCUCGGAGGUGUACCGCGGCGAGCUCCCCGACGGGGGCGCCGUGGCCGUGAAGCGCCUGCUUGGCGAGUCGGCGUGCGAGCGCCGGGAGCGGGACUUCCUGGCGGAGCUGGGCACGGUGGGCCACGCGCGCCACCCCAACGUGUGCGGCCUCCUCGGGUGCUGCGUCGACCAAGGCCUCUACCUCGUCUUCGACUUCUCCCGCCGCGGCUCCGUCGCCGCCAACCUCCACGACGAGACGUUGCCGGCGAUGGGGUGCCUGGCGCCGGAGUACUACACGCACGGGAUCGUGGACGAGAAGACGGACGUGUUCGCGUUCGGCGUCUUCCUGCUGGAGCUCGUCACCGGCCGGAAGCCGGUGGACGGCAGCCACCGGAGCCUCCUCAGCUGGGCCCGGCCGCUGCUGAGCGACGGCAAGACGGAGGCGCUGGUGGACCCGAGGCUCAGCGGCGACUACGACGGCGAGCAGGCGCGGCGGGUGGCGUUCGUGGCAUCGCUGUGCGUCCGGGCGCCGGCGACGUGGCGGCCGUCCAUGACCGAGGUGCGCGAUCACUCACAGGUGCUGGAGCUGCUGGAAGGCGGCGAGAUCCGGCAAGACCGGUGGGCGAUGCCCGAGGAGGCGGCCGGCAACGAGGAGCAGCCAUGGUGGUUCGACGAUCUCGAUGACGACGAUGAAGACGAGAACGAGGACGACGAGGACUUUAGCACCCCGUCCCCCUCUUCCUCCUCGUCAACUACGAACAAUUAG